AUGGAUGCUGAAGCCCUCGAACCGACUGAAGUGGGACCUCUGAAGGCAAUCUGCCCUCUGCUGUCGAGGCUGCUAUAUACCCGGCCUGAAUCGUGUUUUGCGGUGGAUUUCCUUCCAGGUUAUCGUGGCGAACUUGCACGCCUGCUGAAGGAUCUAGAUAAUAAUUACAGCGGCAACAACAGCAACAACAGCUUAGCAAACCUGCUUCGCGCAAACAAUACAUCCAUCACACCCGGGGAGAGCAAAGAAAAGGAUCUUACUCGGCAAUACCCUCCCUGCAUAUGGCCCUGUGCCAGUGCACACACUCCUCCACCCACAGUAAGAAUCCCUCGUCACGCAAGGGUGGCCGACCAUGCAGCCCCAGACAUUGGUUCCGUCUCUGUGACAUGGCCAGUUCCCCGGGCCGCCCUGAACAGCAUAUCCGCGAUAUAUGUUCGUGCACACGUUGUGAUCGAUGCAUAUGCAGUCCGGGCGAGAACCCCAUUGGGAUCUCGCAUCGCACCAGCCGUUAAUGGCCUGGAUGGGCGUUGCGAUGAACGGGAUGAUCAUAAGAGAUAG